CCGGAAGUAACUAUACUAAUUACGGGGUUGUUGUUAGGUCGAUAAAGUGCACUUUGACCGUAAAAAUAAAUAUAGGUCUCCGGUGCACAACGUGGAUAAAAUGGCGGGCCGUAAUUUAAUAGACGGAGAAUGUGGUGGCUCGAAUUCAUUGGUGAAAUUUGGUUCACAUUUUACACAAGACAGAGCAUUUAAACAGGAUGGAUUUCGACCGAUUGGACCAAAAACUGUUCCUGGACCACUUGAUUUGGCUGGUCCAGGGCUACAGUCAAGUGAAGAGUUAGUGAAUGAGUUUUUAACAAGUCACCAAACUGUCAUGGCACCCCAGACAUUCCAUAUGGGAAGUUUAUUACAGGAGAUGAGAGAAAUAGAGGAAUCAGAGAAAGCCUAUACACCUCAACGAGCGCCGACGAUAUCAGAAAUGGCUUCCAGUGAGUGGGCAGAAGAAUAUCUAUCAGAAGAUCAAAAUGUCCGAUUAACGAACUGGACAGACGGACAGCAACACACAGCGCCACCUGAUAUAAAAUGGGCAGAAGAAUAUUUAGAACACACAGAUGCUAAACACUGGGCUGAGGAUUAUAAUAAAGAUAUAUUAGAUGAUACAAAAUGGAUAGAUGAAUAUCAGACACACGCAGCUCGAGACGGAAAUCUAGAAAAAACAGCCACAGAAAUAUUAAACGGAUUAGAUGAUCCUAAAUUUAGUAAUUCACAGUUUAUGAAGUUUGUUAAAAGAAUUGAAAACGGUGAAAUUAAACUAGAAGAUAAUCAAGUUAUAGAGCAAUCGAGUAGCGAAACUUCAGUCAAAUGGGCUGACGAAUUUACACAACAACAGGAAGCAAAAUCAUUGGUUGAUAAAUGGGAAGAAGAAUUUACAGAUUUUUCAGCCAAUCAAGGACAAGACGCUAAUGAUGUUGAUUUCUGGGAUAAAUUACAGAAACAUUGGCUUGAAGCAGAACAAGACGAUAUCGGCCAUCCAUGGUUAUCAGAAUAUGAACGUUCGGAACCCUAUCAGAAUUAUACCUUUGAAACUGAGAAUCCAUUAUUAGAUCAUCCAAACCCGUUUGAAGGUGGAUUAGAGAAAUUAAAAGCAGGGGAUAUACCAAAUGCUGUUUUAUUAUUUGAAGCUGCUGUUCAAAAAGACGACACACAUAUACAGGCAUGGCAAUAUCUGGGUACGACACAAGCUGAAAAUGAACAGGAACCAGCUGCUAUUGCUGCUUUAAAAAAAUGUUCAUCUCUAGAACCAGGUAAUUUAGUAGCUUGGAUGGGAUUGGCUGUAAGUUAUACAAACGAAUCACUGGGUACGUACGCUAGUCACGCACUUAAAACCUGGUUGAAGAGAAAUCCUCGCUAUUCACAUCUCGUACCUGGUCCAAUAGACGAUAAACCAAUCACAUCAUCUUUUAUGAGCAGUUCUGAGUAUGAAGAAGUAAAAGAGUUAUAUCUACAGGCUGCCCGUCUGUCAUCACAGGGAGAAAUAGAUGCUGACGUCCAGUGUGGUUUAGGAUUAUUGUAUAAUAUAUUUAUAUAA